GAGAAGGAGGUCCCGGGGAGUCCUGAGGAGCUGUGGCCUGCGGAGGAGAUUCAUGUCAUGUCCGCGGGGAGGAGUGCUGACGGCAGGGAGGUGCAGAUUCCCCUCCAGCAGGUGGCACCCUCCCUUAUUUCGCCCCUCUCGGCAGCCCCGCCCUCUCACCGCCCAGCCAAUCUGUGGCCUUCUAGUGAGCCCACCGCUCAGCAAGGUGUGCCCGCAGGCUUCCUGCCUCUUCAUGGCGGCUUCAGAGAUCACUUUGUAGAAACUCCAGAAGCUAAAUACUGCUGCGAGGCGUGCAGGCUGGUCCUGUGUCAGCCCCGCCAGACCGAGUGUGGACACCGUUUCUGUAACAGCUGCAUCUGCGACAUCCUCAGUCGUCCAAACCCGGUGUGUCCGGCUGACAUGGAGCCACUGUUCAGAGACAAGAUCUUCAAAGACGUUUGCUGCCACCGGGAGAUCAUGUCGCUAAAGGUUUACUGCCGCAGUGAGGCGAACGGCUGUCAGGAGCAGAUGAGUCUGCAGCAGAUACCUGACCACCUGAACGUGUGUCCGUUCUUCGAGGUUCCCUGCCCGCUGGGAAAGUGUAAGGAGAGGAUGAUGAGGAAGGAGAUUCCCGACCACCUGAACUGGAAAUGCAAACACAGAGAAACCACCUGCGAGUUCUGCAGCACGAAGAUGCCCCUGACAGACCUGCAGAAACACAAAGAUACGGUUUGUCCGGCGUUCCCCGUGAUGUGUCCAAACCACUGCUCUUUCGCCUCCCUGCCCCGGAGCGAGCUCUCGGGUCACCAGCAUGACUGUCCCAAAGCUCAGGUCAGCUGUCAGUUCCACCGCUACGGCUGCACGUUCAAGGGUUUGAACCAGGACAUGAGGCAGCACGAGUCCACCUUCGCAGCCGAACACCUGAAGAUGAUGGCAAACAGGAACCUGUCGUUAGAGAACAAGGUGGAAGAUGUGAAAGGUGAGCUGAUGGAGCGGUACAAGGUGCUUCCUGCGCUCAGCAGCCGACUGUCGGAGCUGGAGAACCAGAACGAGGAGCUGAGGGAGAAGAACCGGCAGAUGGAGCAGAAACUCGCCACCAUGCAGAAACUAAUGAGCUCUCACUCAGAGAAGUUGCUGGAGGUGGAACUGGAGCUGCAUUCUCUCCGUCUGCUCAGAGAUGAGGUGGAGAGCCUGCGAGGAACGCUGGAGAGCGUACGGACGAGGCUCGCCGCUCUGGAGCAAGGUGGACGCGGCGGAUCCGGAUCCACGACACACACACUGGCAUCCCUGGAGACUCAGCUGAAUCGCCAUGACGACAUGCUGAGCGUCCACGAGAUCCGAUUGGCUGACAUGGACCUGCGUUUCCAGGUGCUGGAGACGGCGAGCUACAACGGGACUCUAAUCUGGAAGAUCCGCGACUACAAAAGGCGGAAACAGGAUGCGGUGGCAGCGAAGACGCUGUCGCUGUACUCGCAGCCGUUUUACACCGGAUACUUCGGUUACAAGAUGUGUGCUCGAGUUUACCUGAACGGAGACGGCAUGGGCAAGGGGACGCACCUGUCGCUGUUCUUUGUGGUGAUGAGGGGCGAGUACGAUGCCCUGCUGCCCUGGCCCUUCAAACAAAAGGUGACCCUGAUGUUGAUGGACCAGGGUCCCUCCAGGAAGCACCUGGGCGACGCCUUCAAACCGGACCCGAACAGCAGCAGUUUCCGCCGUCCGGUGGCCGAGAUGAACAUCGCGUCCGGCUGCCCGCUGUUCGUGUCGCAGACUGUCCUGGAGACGGGGACCUACAUUAAAGAUGACACCAUCUUCAUCAAGGUUACCGUGGAUACCUCUGACCUUCCUGACCUGUGACCGUGUGACCGGUGCGCACCUGGCAAAGCAAAGGAUUAUGGGAAGGAUCAGAGAUGGGAAGAUG